AGAAAGAGGAUGAAUAGGGUUUUCCUUGUGUACGUAAAUAUGAAGAGAUAAGGAUGUAUUAACGUGUUCGGUUUCAUUCGGACUGGGAAACCUUUUUAUGCUGCAGUUCCCCACACGCGCGAGCGGGAGACCCCAUCGAAAGCUGCCGUUGUCGUCGGUUUUCCCGUUAGGAUCGUGUCCCUAUACCCGUCUUUUGUUUUGCUUACUUUCCACCCUAAGAUUCCACAGAACUCCUUUCCUCGCCGUAUGCUUUGCCAGCUUACUUGCUUCUUCGCUCGCCUCUCUUCUCUCCGGCACCCCUUGCAAUUUUUCAUGGGCAAAACGGGCCGCUUUACGACACGUAGCCGGCUAUGGGGACUCUGAAGGCUCCGGAUCGCCUAAGGGGCCGGAAAGCUGCCUCGUCUGUUCCGUCACCUUCUCGUCCAUCAGUAUCCUCUUCAUCGGACGAUGCAGCUCUUGCAACGCUGCUGAAGGAACGACAGGUCUUCAAGCGCACGGAGGAGCUGCUGCGGAAGCGGGCUCAAGAAGCAGAGACCCUUCAAGAUGAAGGCGAAGACAUGGAAAACAGCGCUUCCUCUCGUAAGCGGGAUGAAGAAGACGACUUCCUUCUCUCCAAUUCCGAGGGCUCCGCUGCGGGUUCUCCCCUGCUCCUCUCUCGGUGCAGUCCUUUCGACGCAGAUGCCGCCCUAGACUGCUUACACCUCCUGCGACAGGGUCUGGACAGCCAGACCGGCGUGCCGGCGGUACAGGGAAAAGGCGACCAGACUAAUCUCCUCACUACUUCUCUCCAUACUCUACUGAUGUGCGUAUGCAAAGAGGCAGCGUCCUGCUCGGAGGCUCCUGACAACGAAAGGACGCGCCGCAUCACGACCGGCCUCUCCCUUCUCUUUGCUCUCCUCGUCGACGAGGGACUUCCUCAGUCUCCGGCUGAGCGCCACAGAAAGUGCCACGAAGACGCAGCUCUCCUCGACAAUUUGUUGAAGGCAAUCGAAGCGGUGAGCUCGUUCAUGCAGGCCGCAUCUCCCCGGCCGCUGCUUCUCCUACUUCACGCACUUCGCCGCAUGUACGUCCCCUCGCAAGGCGCAGACGAGCAGGAACAAACGACAUGCGGGUGCCUGCCUACCAGAGCUGUCUGGACGUGUCUGCUUCACCUCCUCACAGAGGAUCCCCGCGCCUCUGUUCGCUGGCUGGCGAGACAGGUCGCCUUGCACUUUCUGCGCCUCGCCACCCAACAAGUCACUGCACAGACCUCGAACGUAAGCCAGGCUUUGGGGGAUAGGAAGAAAAAAAAGGCACGCGACUCCCUCCAGACCUGUUUAUAUGUCCUCGAUCGGUGGCUUCGUCACCUUGACUUCUCUGUCGUCCCGGAUUCCGUAGCUAGCCGGGCCUCAGCAUCCUCAGCAUUGACCGCAGGCGACGAGGGCAGCUCUCAGAAGGCGUCGAGUGUCCCUGCGUCCAUGAGACUCCAGAGAAGUCUUCCCUUCUUUCACCGGUGUCUACCGCCUCUGCUUUGCCUAGAAAGCGUCCAGAGUGAAGACGAGAAGCGCUCUGUGACUGCCGAUAGCCGGGCUUCCUUGCCUCAGCAACCCCACAAAGCCGCGGAGGCGCUCUGCAUCCACCUGGCUUUCCUCUCCAGAAAGGCCGGGCGGACGCCAGCUGCCGCCGAUGCGCUGCGGUGCGUGGCUGCGGUGAUUCGCGACUUGAGACGCUUUCGCGGGAACCUCGAGCAAACGAACAAUGGCGACUCUUCGGCCUCUGUGUCUUCGAAGGAGACCAACAGAAGGAUGGGAGACGACCGCUCUGGUGGAAGGCAAGCGACGACUGGGUCUGCCUUUUCACUGACAGUUCAGCUCCUACCAGCGCUGCUUCAGCAACAACGCGCACAGGGCGCGCAGAGGGGGCUCUGGGACGAACUCGGAGGCGAAAAGGGGAAAGGCAGUGGCGCCGUUCUUCAGGGAGCUGUCCAGUAUGCAACCGCGUGGCUAGACGCUGUGACGGCGACCACAGCCGCGCUCAUGCACUGGGCCGGGGAGGCGCGGGAGGCGUGGACGCCCCCCCAGGCAGUCGGUGAGGCUCCGUUGGAUGGCUGCAACCGAGGCGAAACUUCUGGUGUCACGAAUCAAGAAGAGGAGAAUCUGGACGAGACCCUCUUGCUCCAACAACUUGAGAAAUUGUCUUUGGGAGGAAGCGGUAGCGACGCCCAAAUCAAGACCCUAAUAAAGGACUCCGAGGGAUUCCCGCUGUCCUCGUCUUCAGCCGCGUCUGUCUCGCUGUCGUCUUACCGUCUGUCCAUCUGUAUGCAAGCAUCCGAGCGGGUCUUCCGUUCUCUUCGCAGAGUCCUCGAAUCGGAGACGGAUCCGUCCAUUCUGGGCGCGGCCUCUGUAGCCGGGCGACGGCUUAUAGAAGCGUCUGGUGCCGCGUCAGUGCCUGCAUUCCCAGCCGCUGUUCCUUUCGGUCUCUCGCUGCUCCACUUCCGCCACAAGCGGCGACUUGCGGAAGGUCUGGAAGCUUCUCGGGCCCUCUUCGCCGCUCUCGAGGCUGUUGCAUGCAAGCAGUUUCUGGUGUGCUCGCUGCACCCGGAGCUCGAGCGCUUCAGACGGCCCCUGGUAGGCGACCGCGGAAUGGGCAAGCUGACCUCUAGUUCCUCCCAGGAAUUCGACGGCAAAUGUCUGCCCCAGUUUCUCCACAAGUUCCUAGACAUCUACAGACCUUGCUUCACGCCUUUGCUUCGACAGAUCGUUAGCUUGCUCGCUGUUGUGGAGACGGGAGAGGAGCCAGAACAGGUGACGGAGAGGCAAGACGAGAAGAAGAGAGUGGAGAGGAAGACCAAGACUGUAGAGGAGAUUUUCGGGCUCGCAAAGGACAAUCGAGCGCGGACCGAUCUUCGGCAGCACGAUGUCCUGCCUUACAGAGGCCGGAUUCGCGUCGCAUUUUCAGCAGCCUUGCGUGCCUUCAAGGCGCGCACGGUUCUGACUGAUCCCCACCUGCUCCCAAUUCGACCUCGGAUUCCUCUUUCGCGAGACUUGUCCCCUCAGCAACUUGGGUUUCUAUUGGAACGGUGCCCUGUCACCAACGCAUGGGCACUGCCUCUACUGCCCCGCUUGCUUGGUCGCGACGAGCUGCACUUCUUCUCCUCGCACUUCCUGCAGCUGGCGCGACUCUUGCAGCAGCAAACUGCCGAGAAAGCAAAGACAAGUCCCCUCGAGGCGCGCGAGCUCUGCCGUGUAGGCCAGCAGCUGUGGAGCUUGCUACCUGGUUUCUCAUACGAUCCAAUUGACCUUGCGACUGGUGUGGCGGAAGAGGACUUCUCGCUCAUGAAAAAUAUGAUUCAGUUCCUUCAUGACCCUGUGCUUAGGGAGGAAAUCUGCUCCACAAUCCGGAACCUUUCGAAUGCGGCCAUUUCUGAAAGCGACGUGGCGAGCAUCAGAGACGACGACGAGGACGACGACAAGCAACAGAGACUCGAAAAAGAGGAAAGAGAUGAUGCAGAGAAGGACGUGAUGAGCGUGCUCUGCAGGGUAACGAAACCAUGCGGAAAGGAGUCGAUGCAGGCGUGUGGAUCGCAGCUCAUGGGAUUCUUGGUCGUUCGUUUUUUGCAAGUCCAAAAAGUCUCCCUGAAGAAUGAUGAGGAAGCUGCGGGGGAACGGGCCCUGGCUGCGAUGCUUCUGGGAGAGAAAGAAGAUCUCGAGCAACUCACGCAGAGCGCGAAAAUGAAGGCAACACAGCACCUGUUGGACGCUAUCAAGGCGUAUGCGCCUCUCUGUCCGCCGGAGCUCCUGCAUGCAAAUGUGCGGCGCUUCACAUCUGCGUUCCUCCGACGAGCCAACGAGGCCGCAGGUCUGUCUGCUCCGUCUGCCGCUGCUCCUGUCACCAUGGGUGUGGCGGAAUGCUCGGCACUCGUCGACAUCACAGACGCGCUGCACCCCUUUCUCCCAAGUUCUGUCGGUCUAGAAGUCGUCGACAGCCUGCGAACUCUGGUCGCCGUGUGCGCCCAGGGUCUGGAGAAGGCUGGCUCUGGGUAUUCAGAACAGAGUAUCGAUCUCGUUGAAACCGAGAAACGUGGAAAGAACUCCGACGCAUGCCGAACAGAAGACAACGGUGCCGUGCUUCGUGCGCUCCUCCGCCGCGGCUACAAAGCUCUCAAGCAUGUUUUUGAAAGGUCGGCGUCUUCCUCGCGUGCUUCCUCUUUGGCCGAUGGCUCUGCCUCUGAGUCGUGUUGCUUCCUGCGAAGGCAAGAGCUUGAGAUUUUGUGGGAGAUUCUGGCAAAGACUCGCACUGUCUCCUGUGGGACGGCUGCAGAGAAGCCACGCCUUGGAUGCUUACGCGCAUUCGUCGAAUGCCUUACACUGUCUGCACAGACAGCCGAGGACAGCGAGGACGCAAGCACUCAAGCAUUCUGGGAAUCUUUUCUCGUGGACCGCGUUUUCCCGACAGUCGUUCCGGAGAUCAUUCUUUCACUAAAGAGCCUCAAUCGGCUUGUUCGAGAAACGGCGUUCUGCUCCCUUUCUGGUUUGUGCGACGCCUGCGAUGGAGACUCGGAGAAACUGAGUCGCCUCGUCAUAUUGAUUGCCACAGGGCUUGGUGGCGGCACAGGGGUCACAGCUCGUGGAGGCACCGCCGAACCUCCGCUCCUCAAGACCGCAGCAGUCCUUGCACUCAGCAGAGUUAUUUUCAGCUACGCCGACCAAAUGGACGGUGCUCUGAUCAAGCAGAUCGCGGAGGUGGUUCUCCUGUUGCUGCAAGAUCGAGACAAGCAAGUCUUCUUGGCAGCACUUCGUUUCGCCCGGGUUAUUGCUCAUGUGUUCGACGGACAGGCGUUGGAACGCUUCCUGCCGGCAAUGCUUUGCGCACUCAACAACAAACACGCCAUUCGAGCCAAGAUGAAGAUCCGGCGGUUGGUCGAGAAGCUUCUAAAGAAGCUGGGCGAAGCUGCAGUGAAAGAAGCCUUUCCAUCGGAGCAUCUGCCCCUCUUGCGCCACCUUCAAAAGAGCGUUCGCAAACAGCAGCUCCGAGAACUCCUCGUCAAUAAGGCUCUACAAGAAGGCCUGUCGUGGGACGAACUUGUCUUCAAGCCUGGCGAUGACGGUGAGGAUGAAAACAAAAAUGCAGGACGAAGACAAGCCAAGAAAGAGAACAACGCGUUUUCAAAGAUGAUGGAAGAGGAUGACGAAGAAGACGAAGACGAUGAGGACCGACCGUCUGCAGCAAAGAAGGCAGCGGCGAGGAAACGUGGAGCAAAUGCUGAGUUGCAGGGAGAAGAGGAAGAAGUGGCAGAGGAGCAGACAGAGAACAAGGAUGGCUCAACGUCGUUUUCUGCAAUGACACAGUUGCUUGACGCAUUCGAAGAAGAGGAUGACAGUGACACAGAGGGACGGAGAAACAGAAACAGGAAGCGAAGGCGGGCGGCAUCAGGUGAUCAGGCGAUGGAGAGCGACGUGAUGCUUCUUGAAGAUAACGCAGGAGAACUACCUCUCGACUUCUGUUCGCCCGGUGCUGCCCACCGUAUCAUUCUCAAUCAGCCACUGUCGAAACACCGGCGGCGAUUGACCACAGAGGUGGAGAGGAAAACGGUUGCGAAUUUGACAUGGAACGAGGAGGGUCGGCUGGUUAUUCCUGAGGACGAAGAUGAGGAAAGUGACAAAGAUCCUGGCUUCACAAUAGGCAAGGCGUCGUCUGUGUCGAAGAGAUCCGCCGCUCGUCGAGUUGAGGGAGGGAGCAAAUCCAGCUCUACCUCCUUGCUGGCGAAGAACCGGAAGGCACCAGAGACAGGCGGACAGAGAAAAAAUCUCAGCUGUCUGGCGGCUCGGCGAGCAGCGAUGAAGACCGCGAAGAAGGAACGACGAAGAGGGCAUUUCGUGCAGAAAAGCGGCGACGAAUUUAAGGCUAAGAAGGCUCGUGGAGAUGUCAAACAGAAUAACAAAGUUGAACCUUUCGCGUACAUCCGCCUGAACCGGGUGAUGCUCAGGGAGAAGCACAGGCCACAAGCUCUACAGUCUCUGGCGACACUGGUGAAGAAGAGGCGCGGUGGCGAUGACAAGGGCAAAUCGAAAACCGGCGUACGAAAACCCAUGAACAAGGCACGCAAAGGCCGACGAUAAACGGUGGAGAUCUACUGGGAUAUCGUGUUUGGGGGAUGGUUUUCUCUCACAAGUAUCUCUGUGAUUAUCGUCCCUCGGUGCCUCGUGUGUGUUGUGAUGUACACCUCGUAUGCGUUGUUUCAUCCGACUCUCCAUAGAGGGCAGUAGGCUUCGUUCCUUUUCACUUUCGUGAUCAUUCCUCCCUUCUCGGCUGCAUCGUUGCCAGUUGUCUCCAGUUCAGUCUUUUCGGGUGAGGUGGGCCUGCUGAGUGACAGAGGAUACUGAGGGAUGGAAAGCGGAGCUUACAGUUUCUGUUGAUGUCAGGAAACGAUUCUUUUGAUGCCCAGGGACGGGUAGCAUAUCCGUGCCCCUUUACAGGACACAGGGGCUCUGACUGUGGGGUACCAGUAUCUCGAAACCUCUAAUUCAAACUAUUCGUUGUAUAUCCGUAUUUUGCGCUCCCGCUUGAUUGAUUCAUGAGAGGAAAAGUGGAAUGUGAACCACAAACGGAUUGUUGAUGAGG